AACUUGAACGCUAAUGAUUACAACAGCCAGACCUUUACGCUAUCUCUCAAACUCCACUGCAAGUCAAGAUGGACAACCUUUCACAUAAAACAUAAAAGUUUUAGCAAAAGUCAAUUAUGGAAAAUUCAGGCAGGCCUUACAGGACGACGCAAGGAGGUUGGGAGAGGGGAGCUACAGCAGCAGACAAGGCAGAACAUAGGCGAAUGCAAGACCAGGUUCGAGGACAGAACUUGAGAGCAGACGGAGGUCAGCAAGGCAAGAAGAACCAGGGUGGGGCCUACAAAGCAAGCCCCAAGAAGGGAGGACAAGGAUCGCUGAGCCACUUACCUGGUGGAUCCAAAGGUGGUCACAGUCCAUCCCAGAGAGAUGACCACCAGUGGCUCUUAAAUGCUGAGAACAGUGGUUUGGGUCGAGAGGAUAACUGGAGAGUGCGCACGCAGCAGCAACAGUGGAAGAGAAAUACCCAGGGAGAGGGGCCAACAGACGACAUGGAGCAGAGGAGAGGAGAGGAUGAUGUUGCUCGUAAACCUGGAAAAAGACAGAGAAACAGAAGCAAAAGGAACCUUUUUGCAGAAGAAGACCGGGGCUUCGCAUCUGAAGAGUCCUCACUCUCAGUUCAAGAGCUUCAAAGUCUACGGCAAGCAGAAAGGCGACUUAAAAAAGAUGAGAUCUACUUCCUGAAGAAGAAGCCCCACGGCAACCCUGGUGCAUUUUACACCUGCGCUCUGUGUGACAUUGUUCUUGAAUCUAUACCUCACGCCUACAAGCAUAUCAGAGACAAACGGCACAAGAAAAAGGCUCAGGAGAAACAGGAGCAGCUGAUGCUGACGGAGAUCCUGCCUCCUGGUCCUGAGCACAUCAGUGAGGUGAGCGCCGCACUAGAUGUAGUCGUUCAGGAGCAUGGGAUGAAUGACCAGGAUGUCGAAAAGAGGCAGUGUGUUGUCUCCAUCAUGCAAGACCUUCUCCUGUCUGUCCUGCCUGAGAUAAAACUCAGAUUAUAUGGAUCAUCCUCUACUAAAUUUGGAUUUAAGGACUCUGAUGUUAACAUAGACAUUCAGUAUCCGCCUCAUAUGCAUCAGCCAGAUGUCCUGUUGUUGGUGAAGGACUGUCUCUCUGUUUGCUCUCUCUUCAUCAACGUGGAAGCAGAUUUCCAUGCCAGGGUGCCGGUGGUCAUCUGUAAAGACAAAGACAGUGGGCUGAUUUGCAAAAUGAGCGCAGGAAAUGAAAACGCCUUUCAAACCACCUCCUACCUGUCCGCCCUUACCAGUAGAGAACGCCUCCUCCAUCCUCUGGUUGUGGGCCUCAGACACUGGGCUCGGAUCUGUGAGAUCGACCGUGCAGAAGAAGGAGGCCUGCCUCCGUACGUCUUUGCCCUCAUGGUUAUUUUCUUCUUACAAAAGCGUAGAGAGCCUGUUUUGCCUACUUACCUGAACCAGAAGGUAAAGGGAUUUUCACUCGGCAAGCUGCCCGACUUCAAUCUCACACAUACAGAGGAGGGUUAUGUACACUGGACCUACACACCUUCCUCUAAGGAAUCAUCACAGCCUGCAGAGGGCACUUGUAUAAAGGGGAAGGUCCCACUCGUGUUUCCUAAUCCUCAUCCAGAGGUGGAAGUCGGGCUCCUCUGGAUUGAAAUGCUUCGUUUCUACUCCCUGGAGUUUCUCAUAGCUGACAACGUCAUCAGUGUGCGGACCAACGCCGUCCUCUCGAGAGAGAUGAAAGACUGGCCCAAAAAACGAAUCGCUGUCGAGGACCCGUUUGCUGCGAAGAGAAAUGUGGCCCGCACGGUGAACAGCCCGCAGAUGUACGACUACAUCCUCCACUGCCUUAAAAGCACGUACAAGUACUUUGCACUUCCACUCAGUGCAUCGGCUGCUAACCAUAAAAGAAAAGCAGAGCAAGGCCACAACCAAGGAGCAAACCCCGAAGAAGUUACGCGUUUGUCUGAGUUCAGUCAGCUCUCCCUUCAGUCACAAUGUACAAGUCCCGGGCACACUGCGGAUAAUGGUGCUGAGGACUCCGACUGCAUCAUCGAGGAAGAGGAGGAAGUAUGUAGUGACUCGGACGAAGAGAAGGAGAAGAAAGUAGUGGACCUAGGCAAAGGCAGUCUGUCCGAGGAUGAGGACGAGGAAGAGGACGAGCAGGAUGAGGACGUGGAUACGGAUAAUGCACACAAUAGACAGCAUCUGGACAGCUUCACAACAGAGGAGGAGGACAUCUUCCCAGUCGACGAGAUUUCAGGGGAGGACCUUCUGUCCGAUGAGGAAGCUCCGGAUUUGGACACGCCUGGCUCUUUGGAUGAGGACGAGGAGGAAGAAUUGUGCAUGGCAACAGACAGGCUCUCACCUCAACCCUCAGAAGAUCGAACUGAAGAUGAAAGCAUCGAAAAGAAACCCCAAAAUCAAACCAAACUUACUUAUGAGUUCACCAGGCAGGCCUUCACACGAGGAAAGUCCCACAUGGUCGUGUGCAGCUUAUGCAAACGUGAUGGACAUCUGAAGAAAGACUGUCCAGAAGAUUUUAAGAAAGUUGAGCUGGAGCCACUGCCCCCGAUGACGCCGGACUUUCUCAGGGUUCUUAACAAAGUCUGUGAGCAGUGCUACAGUGACUUUGCUCCAGGUAAACUGGAAGUUGGCGUCAGGGAGCACAUCCUUAAAGAUCUGGAGAACUUUGUCAGACGACAGUUUGCUGCGGCUCGGCUACAACUGUUCGGCUCGUCGAAAAAUGGUUUUGGCUUCAGACAGAGCGACCUCGACAUCUGCAUGAUCUUGGAGGGACAAGAAACUUUAAAUGAUUUUGAAUGUAUCAAUGUCAUUAAAGGCCUGGCAAGACUGCUAAAGAAACACCCAGGUCUGAAGAACAUCCUGCCCAUUACUACGGCUAAAGUACCCAUCGUUAAGUUUUAUCACAAUCUCACCGGUUUGGAGGGAGACAUCAGCCUCUACAAUACACUGGCUCUGCACAACACACGCCUGCUAGCCUCAUAUGCUGCCAUCGACCCAAGAGUGAAAAUUAUCUGUUAUGUAAUGAAGGUUUUUGCAAAGAUGUGCGACAUUGGGGAUGCUUCACGUGGCAGCCUCUCAUCCUACGCUUACACGCUCAUGGUGCUCUUCUUCCUUCAGCAGAGAAACCCACCAGUCAUCCCUGUGCUGCAGGAGGUCUAUGCUGGAGAAAAGAAGCCUGAAGUGCUAGUUGAUGGCUGGAACGUGUACUUCUUUGAUGAUUUAAAAGCACUACCCAGUCACUGGCCCCAGUAUAGACAGAACACUGAGACGGUGGGGGAGCUGUGGCUCGGCCUGCUCCGCUUCUACACCGAAGAAUUUGACUUCAAAGAACAUGUCGUGUGCGUUCGACAGCAAGCCCACCUCACCACCUUCAACAAACAGUGGACCUCCAAGUAUAUCGUCAUCGAAGAUCCAUUUGACCUGAAUCAUAAUUUGGGUGCUGGUCUGUCCAGGAAAAUGACUAACUUCAUCAUGAAGGCUUUCAUCAACGGCAGAAGAGUGUUUGGCACACCCUUGAAAGUUUUCCCUCCCGUGUAUAUCAAUGAAAUGGAGUUUUUUUUCGAUCCUGAAGUUCUCACCGAGGGAGAGGUGGCUCCAAACGACCGCUGCUGCCGCAUCUGUGGCAAGAUCGGCCACUUCAUGAAAGACUGCCCCAUGCGCAAGAAGACCAAGCACAGAAGAGACUCAGAAAAAGUGCCAGAGCACUUGCAGGACAAAAUGGAUUCAACGGAUGAGAUGAAGGAUCAGCUCAGGCACAAGAAUGAACACUGGAAAAAACGCGAUGCACUGGAUAUGCGCUGUUGCUUCCUGUGUGGAUCGAGUUCCCACAUCAAGAAGGACUGCCAGCUUUACAGAGGCCCUGCAGCCUACGUAAAAAAUUUCAGAGAAAAGGAAAAGAGAGAAAAGGAAAAGCAGGGCUUACCUAUACAAGAAGAGAAGAGGAAAAAACAAAGUGUAAUACUAGGUCCACAAGCAGGUAGUUUAGCCUGUCGAAAUCUGUACCGGACCGGUCAUAGGAAGAAUCCAGUGGAAUGAGAAGCUCCGGAUCACAAAGUUCUACUGUUGUCCACGCAGACUGCAUCCCAAAGUCCAAAAAAGAAAGAAACAACGCAAAAAGCUUAAAUCUGGGUCAUAUUUUUAGGCCAGAUGGAGCUCAUUAAAGCCAAAGCCUGGACACCGUGACUUGAAGCCAAACAGGGCCUUUUAUGUGUGUGUCUGUGUCCCCCACCCUACAGCUCUUUUCACGAGAUGAGCUUUUUUUUUUAAAAGCUUUUAAUUUACCAAAACAAGCCAUUAUGCAAACGUCCAAGGUCUUAGUUUACAGUCUGCCAGUCAAUUUAUUAAUUUCCUUCAUUACUCUGCAGUCCGAUCCAUGGCAUAUGGAAAUUUCUAAAAACUACAAUAUUUGGAGGGGAAAAAAAUUCAAGAAGUGUCAGAGCAAAGACAUCUGAAAUAAUAAGAAGGUAUGUUUUAAAGAUUUGUUUUAAAUACGAUGCAAACACUUUCUUACAUAAUAGACUCAAUAGUCGCCAUAGUCAAGUGAACACAGGUGCAGCGAAAGACAAAGGGAAAGGUAUGUUUGACUCUGUUUGAUGACUCCAGUUCACUUUAAACAUGUUAUUAUCACUCAGUUCACUUAUUUCCUACUUCUUUUUUUAGAUAGAUUAACCAAAAAAGACAAUGAAGGCUUUGAUGGCAGUGUGCCUUUUGUUGUGUGGCUAUGAUCUAUUUUAGUAAGGCUAUCUUUUAAUUAAUUUCUAAUUUAUCCACAGCACUGGUAUGUGUGUCUACCUUGAAUAUGAUGUUAUGUUUAGUGGAGAAAGCACCAUUGUGGGUUAUUUUUUGUUAUUAAAUAUCAAAAAUUUACUUUGAGACGUCCAUUCACUGUUUGAUUAGAACACGAUGUCUCAGCUGCCCGGAAAUGUUUCAGCUUUAGGUUGUUUUGUUAGUUUAUUUUAGAGAACCUAUCCACUGGUACAGCUAUUGGUAUAAAAUGCUGCAAGCACUUCUAAACUUGUAAAUCUUGUAAUUUUAUUGUAACGAUGACAGAGUUUGGUAGCUGCACUGCAGGGGUCCACCCCCUUGAAUUAAGUUGCUGCUUGUGUCUCAAAGACCUGGUUUUCAUUCGACCUUUAAAUAUGGACCCUCUGCCUCUGUUGUUUCGCUGGUGUUGCAUAUUUUUAUGAAAAAAAAAAAAAAACUGGUAGUAUUGUGAUUAAAGUUCUUAUUUUAAGAUGGGUUUUAUUUCAACGUUUACUUAUUUUGUUUAGAUGGACGCAAAUGAAUGUUUUCACAAGAUAUUCAGAAAGUGAUUUGCCAAAACGAACAACAACAAAAAGGCUGACUCAAUCCAUUUUGUCUAAAGAAAAUAAAGUCUACGUCCCAA